AUGGACAUGCUGUUCGUCGUGCGGCGACUCCAGGAGUUGGGGCAGAGGAGGAAAAUGUCACUCUGCAUGUGCUUCGUCGACCUGAAGAAGGUGCAUGAUUCGGUGGACCGAGAGCUGCUGUGGAAGGUCCUGGCCGGGGCCGGGAUUCCUGAGGAGAAUAUCGUCGUCAUCCGCCAAAUUCAUGACGAAAUGCGGCCCCGGGUGCGCAUGGACGACGGAAAGGUUUCGUCCUGGUUCUUGGCCACGCAAGGCGUGCGACAAGGCUGCGUGCUGCCCCCACUGCUAUUCAAUUUCUUCUUCACCGCGGUCAUCGAGGUCUUUGCCAUUGGGCUCAGCGCGGAUGAUGUUAUUCUGGAGAACCUCGUGUACCUGGAGGAGGAGACGGGGGCGAGGGCGAGGAUGCUGUACGCCGAGGACGCCGGCGUCGUAUCGAGAUCGACCGAAGGAUUCGCGAGAAUGAUGACCGUCAUCGUAGAGGUGUUCGGGGAGUUCGGGCUGACGGUAUCGGAAAAGUAG